CCGCUCUGCACCGCCACCUGGUGACGCGUCGCGACGCCUGCGGUUACCGGGGCAACGGGACGCGCGGCCUGGGGUGGUGGAGAGGCCACGAGACGGGACCCCCAGAGACCCCCAGAGACCCCCACAGACCCCCAACACGUGGACAGGGACCAGGAGAGACCCCCACAGACCGAUAGAACUGCCAAGGUGGGAUCAGGGAAACUAAGGAACCCCCCCCCAUAUACCCCGAAGAGGCAUCCCCUUCGAUCCCUCAGACAGGAUCAGGUGACCCUUGUAGAGCCCGGGGUAGUCUCAGGGGACCAAGCGAGAACUCUGGGACCCCCUGGGGGCGAGAGCCGAGGGUCAUGGGGGACGCGGCGGGGCCGUGGGGCCGCGUGGAGGCGCUGGGGGUGACGCGGGAGGAGGCGGCGCGACUCGGCCGCGCCAUGCGGGACCCCGAGUUCCGCGACCUCCUCAUGGAGCACGCCAGGGAGCUGCAGGAGCCGGCCACGCGGGCACGCUACGAGCAGGAGAUGGCCGAGCUGGAGAGGGAGAGGGGGAUGGACGUCACCUUCCUGCACAUCUCCCCAGGCUACGUCCUCAAGGGCUUCAUACGAGGAGAUGGUGCAGCAGCAUCAGGAGGGAGCCACGGUGGCGAGAGAGGUGGCACUGGCACUGCCACCGGCACCGCCGCCACCACCACCAAGGCCUUCAUCAACGUGUGCUGGGUGGACACUGGGCUGGAGCCGCCCUCCGCGGAGCACUCGCCGGCCCGGCCCGGCGGCGUCAUGUGGCGGCUGCCGCACGCGGUGCUGCCGCCGGCGCGGCGCGACGUGGACGGGCGCGGCGCGCCGUGCGCCGUGCACGACGUGGCCUUCCACCGCGACGCCGCCGCCCUCGCCACGGGCCCCGACCCGCGGCUGCGCGCGCUGCUGGACGACACCGCGGCCACCGCCGUGGAGGACGCGCUCGGGGUGCGGUUCGUGAGCCGGCACGACCGCGGCGGCGGUGGCGGCGGUGUCGCCGGCGGCGCCGCAGCGAGGACCGGCGUGGUGCGGCGCAUCAAGGCGACGUACAAGGGAACGCCGCCGCUGCGCUCCCCGGUGCUGCGUAAACCAAGGGCCGGAGCUGGAGAGGGGGCAGCGGCGGCGGCGGAGACGGACGGCGGCUUUCCCUUCCCGCCAGGACUCGAGAUGCCGUACCCGUACUCAGGCGCCACCACCACCACCAACACCACCACCACCAGCGUCCUCAGCACCGGCACAACCGCAACCAAGAUUCACGGCAACCGCAACAGGAGACGCGACGGAGGUGGAGGUGGUGGAGCGGGAGGCGGAGUCCCGGACUCGAGUUCGUGUGCCAGCGAGUCCCCUGCCGUUACGCAGGGGCAGCCCGCCGCAAAGGAUUGUGGGAAAGCUGCAGGGGGGCUGCAGUACACCGUGACGCGCAGAACGUACUCCGACAUGCAGGACUUUGCGGUGGAUGCCGCCCCACGGAGCGCAGCUGCCGCGCACGAGCUGGUGGUGCGCAUCGACCUGGCCGGGGCGUGCGCACGCUGCCUGGCGCAGCCCGGCACCGCCAUGCGUCUCGAGGUCGGCCACACGGCCAUGGAGCUCACGCUGUCGCAUGCCAAGCACCCUGAGCAGCAAGAGCAUGAGCCGUGCGCACACCUGAUCGUGCCGCUGCCGCUGCCGGUUGUGGCCGGCGGGGGGCACGCCAAGCUCAACCGCGACGCCAACACCCUGACCGUCACCGUGGAGACGCUCGCCAGGAAAAACGCCCUGUCGGCCGGGCGGCGCGAGCGUAGUGGCACACCGCUCGUGCGAGAGGUGGGGCAGGUGGACGCACAGGGCAGUCAAGCAGACAGACAACAACCGGACACUCAAGCAGACGGGCAACAACCGGACACUCAAUCGGAUGGGCAACAACCGGACACUCAAUCAGACAGACAACAACCGGACACUCAAUCGGAUGGGCAACAACCGGACACUCAAUCAGACAGACAACAACCGGACACUCAAUCGGAUGGGCAACAACCGGACACUCAAUCAAACGGACAACACUCGGACACUCAAGCAGACAGGCAACAACCGGACAGUCAAGCAGACAGACAACAACCAGACACUCAAGCAGAUAAACAACAACCGGACACUCAAGCAGAUAGACAACAACCGGACACUCAAGCAGAUAGACAACAACCGGACACUCAAGCAGACAAUCAACAACUGGACACUCAAGCAGACAGACAACAACCGGACACUCAAGCAGACAGACAACAACCGGACACUCAAGCAGACAGGCAACAACCAGACACUCAAGCAGACAGACAACAACCGGACACUCAAGCAGACAGGCAACAACCAGACAGUCACCCAGACGGACAACAAUCUGACACUCAAGCAGACAAUCAACAACUGGACACUCAAGCAGACAGACAACAACCGGACACUCAAGCAGACAGGCAACAACCAGACACUCAAGUAGACAGACAACAACCGGACACUCAAGCAGACAGGCAACAACCAGACAGUCACCCAGACGGACAACAAUCUGACACUCAAGCAGACGGACAACAAUCUGACACUCAUGCAGACGGACAACAAUCUGACACUCAAGCAAACGGACAACAAUCCGACACUCAAGCAGACGGACAACAACCGGACAGUCACCCAGACGGACAACAAUCUGACACUCAAGCAGACGGACAACAACGGGACAGUCACCCAGAUGGACAACAACCGGACAGUCACCCAGACGGACAACAAUCCGACACUCAAGCAAAACAACGAGAUACUCAACCAGAGCAACUGGCCACUGCACCGGAUAUGAACAACAAUUGGACACUCAACCACGUGAGCAAUCAGAGAAACAAACAGACACUCAACCAGAACAUGGCAAGCCAGAUGAGCAACCACCAGACACUCAACCAGAUGAACAACAACCAGACACAAAGUCAGAACACCCAGACACUCAAGAAGAACUAGACACUCAACCAGAUGAGCAACAACCAGACACAAAGUCAGAACACCCAGACACUCAAGAAGAACUAGACACUCAACCAAAAAAACAAAUGGACACUCAACCAGAUGGACAACCAGGCACUCAACCAAAACAACUCCCCACUCAACCAGAUGGACAACCGCAGACUCCACCCGAUGAGCGAGGGGGUGACGACGGUGGUGCCCAUGGGUUCGAGAUACUGAGCAGCGACCCCAGCGACCAUGUGACUCGCUGUCCAAUCCAAUUCCAGAACGACCUGCUGUUUGAGCUGGACUGAGAGGGCCAGCACUCCCCUGCGUGGAGUUUGUGUGUUGUCCCCCUGUCCUGCAUGGGCUUCUUCCGGGAUAACAACCCCCCCCCACACAAGUGGAACUAGUAUUCAUAUUCUUAGGUUUUUUUCCGGUAAAGUCACGUAGGUAAAAAAUUGUAAUUAAUAAAAGUAAA